GUUUCCACAUAACUAUAACUUAACGCUUACUCCGAAUUCAAACAUUGCAGAAAUUCGACGAAUCGAACUUGUAUCUCGUCGUCACAGGCCUAUCGUGCAAAACUGUAAUUUCAACAUUUUAGCGUUUCGAAUUUGUUUACGUACAAAAAUGAUCCAAUAUCCGAGAGCGUCAUCCUCGAGGAAGUCGAGCCUCGGAUGCGGGACCGGUUCGUACCUCGUGGCCUAUUGCCAACGCCAUUUUGAGCUUCAUUGCAGUACACGUUCGCUCGGAGCUCCGGUACGGGCACGCGGAUGAUCAAGCAGCCUCAGUAGCAUCAGAGCCGAGAGCCGAGCUGUUUUCGUGGCCUCUACUUACCUACUCCUCGCCACGGCGCGGCGAGAAAACUUUUUUCGUUCGCACGGGCAAUUUAAACUCAAGACUGACAGACUCACGGUAACACAAUAAACCCUUGUGUAAAAACAACGGGCUUCUGAUUUGAUACUUCACGUUUGCGUCACAGGAUCAUGAACACUGAAUCUUCUCCAACAUCUUCUCUUGCAAAUUGCUCCAGGUGAAAGGAAAAAAGAAAAAAAAAAUCCCAAAGCCAAAAUCGAGCGAAAAUUGGUGAGCUCCUUAAAAAACAAUCUCAUUUAGAGCAGAGCCUAUACUUAGAUUCUGUAUCCCAUCUCACUGUGUAUACAUAACUUGUUAUAUUGCAAAUUAUGGCAGCAAAGGUCCAGCAUUACGACCCGCCGAGCUCAGCGAGCUCGGAAAACGACGACUGCGAGCCGAGUCUAGAUGAUAGAGAGAUAUUCCUCGAGGAGUUCUCGGAGGAUAACCGGCGCGACGGUAUGGGCACCCCGACGCCAGCACCGCCGUCCCCGAGACCGCCGUCGGCCGGCUCUCAAAAGUCACCGCGCUCGCGCCGUCAGAGAAGCACCAGUUGCUCCCAGUCGAACAAAAAGACGGCCAGACAGUCGAUACUUCAGAGUAAGACCAGAACGAUUUACACGGCGGGCAGACCUCCCUGGUACAAUUCGGCCGGACAACAGGUCGAGCCCUUCGUAAUCGGUAUAUGCGGAGGCAGUGCCUCCGGAAAGACGACAGUCGCCACCAAAAUCAUAGAGUCUCUCGACGUGCCCUGGGUCACUUUGCUCAGCAUGGAUUCGUUCUACAAGGUUUUGAACGAAAAACAACACGAGCAAGCGGCCCGCAACGAGUACAACUUUGACCAUCCGGACGCUUUCGACUUUGAGCUGCUUAAGGCGACGCUCCAGAGGCUUAAAGAGGGACGGAAGGUUGAGGUGCCGAUUUAUAAUUUCGUGACGCACAGUCGGGAGAUGAGGACGAAAACGAUGUACGGCGCCAACGUGAUCAUAUUCGAGGGCAUAUUGACGUUUUACAACGCCGACGUGCUUAAGAUGUGCGACAUGAAGGUUUUCGUCGACACGGACGCGGACGUCAGACUGGCCCGACGCCUCAAAAGGGACAUAUGCCAAAGGGGCAGGGACCUCGAGGGCGUGCUCAAGCAGUACAGCACGAUGGUCAAGCCUUCGUUCUACUACUACAUCGCCCCUAUGAUGGUUCACGCCGAUAUAAUAGUGCCGCGGGGUGGCGAGAACGAGGUGGCGAUCGAGCUGAUAGUCCAGCACGUGCACACUCAGCUGCUGCUGAGAGGCUUCAAAUUGAGGGAAAAGCUCGCGCACUCGUACAUCGGCCAGCCGUUACCUGAUUCCCUGUACUUGCUUCCCGAUACGCCGCAGAUCAAGGGCCUGCACUCAUUCAUCAGGAACAAGAACACCCACAGGGACGAGUUUAUAUUUUACUCGAAGCGCCUUAUUAGACUGGUCAUAGAGUAUGCCUUGUCGCUUUUGCCGUUCAAGGAAAUCACCGUGGAGACUCCUCAAGGGGUUCAGUACGUCGGUAAGCGGAGCGCCUCGGAUAGAAUUUGCGGGGUCUCGAUCUUGCGUGCCGGCGAAACGAUGGAACAGGCCGUAAGAGACGUCUGCAAGGAUAUACGGAUCGGUAAAAUCCUCAUACAGACGAAUCUUCAGACCGGAGAGCCAGAGCUGUAUUAUUUGCGUUUGCCAAAGGACAUUAAGGAUUAUAGAGUCAUACUGAUGGACGCGACGGUGGCUACCGGUGCUGCGGCUAUGAUGGCCAUAAGGGUGCUGCUGGACCACGACGUGGCCGAGGACAACAUAAUGCUGGUCUCGCUACUGAUGGCCGAGUCGGGCGUGCACUCGAUAGCCUAUGCCUUUCCGAAUGUAAAAAUAGUGACUUCUGCACUAGAUCCAGAAAUAAAUGAAAAGUUCUACGUGCUGCCUGGCAUCGGUAACUUUGGCGAUCGGUACUUUGGAACUGAGCCAUCGUCCGUUGACGAUUAAGUACCUACAUAUAUAUUAUAUACGUAGCGUAGAAUUUUUUUAACGCGCCGAUUGUUUUUAAGGUUUGUUGGAUGUUGAUGAUGAUGAUGAUGAUGAUGAUGAUGAUGAUUAUUGAUAGUGUGGUGCAAAUAUAUACAUGUAUUAUUAUCUUGAAUAUGAACCUCGCCAAGAACUGUGAUUGUUUUAAUCUGGAUCGAUUGUUCGAGAUUGUUGUAAAUAAAUUUAAAAACUAUG